ACAAAUGCUAGCCCUGCUUGCUAUCUAUGGAAACUCCAGUCUCUAGUCUUUUUGAAAAUAAAAAUCUAGUAUUGGUGGUGACACCACUUUUUAGCUUGGCUUUUCAUCAAUGGCAAUAAUCUCUUGGUUUUGCGAGGAAAAGAGAGCUUUAUUGAUUACUCGUGAAUCGAUGGAAGCCGCAGUGGACAAGAGAGAAGCGAUGGCUUCUUCACCGGACAAUGAAGCUGCAGGCCAAGAGCUCAAGGGCAGUGGCUACACCAUUGCAGCUACUGCUCAUGCAGUAGACACAGAUUCAUGGCAGCAGGUGGGGCUGCUGCUGGUGAUCGGCUUCAACUGCGCCUAUGUGCUGAGCUUCUCCAACCUCAUGAUGGUUCCUCUGGGCUGGGGCUGGGGCGUCGCCUGCCUGCUGAUCGUGGGCGGCGCGGCGUGGUACGCCAACUGGCUCCUCGCCGGCCUCCAUGUCAUCGACGGCCAGAGGUUCAUCCGAUACAGGGACCUCAUGGGGUUCGUCUUCGGGAGGAAAAUGUACUACAUCACUUGGUUCCUGCAGUUCACCACUCUACUUCUCUGUAACAUGGGCUUCAUUUUACUAGGUGCAAGAGCACUCAAGGCAAUCAACGUAGAGUUCACCCACUCCCAUGCUAGGCUCCAGUGGUUCAUCGCCGCGACGGGAACCAUCUAUUUCGCCUUCGCUUACUUCGUGCCGACGAUUUCUGCCAUGAGGAACUGGCUCGCGACGUCUGCGGCGCUGACGGUGGCUUAUGAUGUCGCUCUGCUGGCCAUCCUUGUCAAAGAUGGAAAAUCGGACAAGCCAAAGGAUUACACUCUCCAUGGGACCCAAGCCGAGAAGGUGUUCAGCGCGUUGGGAGCCAUCGCUGCCAUCCUCGUCUGCAACACGUCCGGGCUGCUUCCGGAGAUACAGUCGACGCUGCGGGCGCCGGCGGUGCGCGGCAUGAGGAGGGCGCUGCUGCUGCAGUACACCGCUGGCGGUGCGGUGUACUACGGGGUCAGCGUGGCUGGGUACUGGGCGUACGGGUCGGCUGUGUCGGAGUACCUCCCCGACGAGCUCGGCGGGCCGAAGUGGGCCGGCGUGCUCAUCAACGCGGCCGCCUUCCUGCAGAGCGUCGUCUCCCAGCACCUGUUCACGGUGCCGAUCCACGAGGCGAUGGACACGCAGCUGCAGCGGCUGGACGAGGGCAUGUUCUCCCGGUACAACCUCUCGCGCCGCCUCUUCUCGCGGGGGGUCAUCUUCGGCUUCAACGUCUUCGUCACCGCGCUCUUCCCCUUCAUGGGCGACUUCGUCAACCUCUUCGGCUCCUUCGCGCUCGUCCCGCUCACCUUCAUGUUCCCCAGCAUGGUCGUUCUCAAGAUCAAAGGGAAGAGUGGCGGGAGAUGGCACAGGGUUUGGCACUGGGGUAUCAUCGUUGCGUCCACGGUUCUCGGCGUCGCUACCACUGCGGCCGCUGCUCGUUUGAUCUUCAACAACGCCAGGGUGUACCACUUCUUCGCGGACAUGUAACGGCGCGGAGCGUAAUAAGAACACACGCCGCAACGGGUUCAAAUGCUUCCACUGGGGGCUAGCCUAGUGAAGUGGCCGACAGGUUACCGGGAUUUCCCAACAUGCAGUGCGUCGGUACGAGACACGUAGUGCAACAUCUAUUCAUUCAACUGGCGGGCAUGUCAGCGUCAAACUCUCGGUUGUAAAAGCAGCAAUCAAAUGCCAGUAUAGCUUUACCUCCGAUUACAUGAAAAACGCGGAUUUUUACAAAAUGAAACAAAUAACAAACUAACAAAUAUCCGACGAAACAAAACGGCACGGGCGCAACGAAUCCUCUAAACCUGAUGUCAGACCGUCCAUAUGCACAAGUUGUAAGUUGAGUACCAUGAGUUGAGUGCCAUGACCCAACACGCAAUUGUUUGAUCCA